CUCGGCGAUAGAUUAGUCAGGCCUCGGAAAGAUGGCGUCCUCGGAGCAGACCGAGCAGCCGGGCCAGCCCAGCUCUUCUCCGGGAAGUGAGAACGUGGUGCCUCGAGAGCCGCUGAUCGCCACAGCAGUGAAGUUUCUGCAGAAUUCCCGGGUCCGCCAGAGCCCACUGGCCACCAGGAGAGCGUUCCUUAAGAAGAAAGGGCUGACGGAUGAAGAGAUCGACUUGGCUUUCCAGCAGUCCGGCACUGCUGCCGAAGAGCCUUCGUCCUUGGGGCCAGCCACACACGUGGUUCCUGUGCAGCCCCCUCCGCCCGCUGUGCAGCCAUACAGCCCCGUGGGCUCCCGAUGGCGAGAUUACGGUGCCUUGGCCAUCAUCAUGGCAGGAAUUGCGUUUGGCUUUCACCAGCUCUACAAGCAGUACCUGCUCCCCCUCAUCCUGGGCGGCCGGGAGGACCGGAAGCAGCUGGGCAGGAUGGAGGCGAGUCUCUCGGAGCUGAGUGGCAGCGUGGCCCAGACAGUGACCCAGCUGCAGACGACACUCGGCUCCGUCCAGGAGCUGCUGAUCCAGCAGCAGCAGAAGGUCCAGGAGCUCGCACAUGAACUGGCCGCCGCCAAGGCCACCACAUCCACCAACUGGAUCCUGGAGUCCCAGAACAUCAAUGAGCUCAAGUCGGAAAUCAACUCCUUGAAAGGGCUGCUUUUAAAUCGGAGACAGUUCCCGCCCUCCCCGUCAGCCCCGAAGAUCCCGUCCUGGCAGAUCCCGGUCCAGUCGCCGGCCCCGUCCAGCCCCGCGGCCGUGAACCAUCACAGCAGCAGCGACAUCUCGCCCGUCAGCAAUGAGUCCACAUCGCCCUCCCCAGGGAAGGAGAGCCACAGCCCCGAGGGCUCCACGGCUGCCUACCACCUGCUGGGCCCACAGGAGGACGGCGAGGGGGUGGUGGACGUGAAGGGCCAGGUGAGGAUGGAGGUGCAGGGGGAGGAGGACGAGCAGGACGACGUGGGCCACGUGGACGAGGAGGACUGCCUGGGGGUGCAGAGGGAGGACCGCCGGGGCGGCGACGGGCAGAUCACCGAGCAGGUGGAGAAGCUGCGGCGGCCCGAGGGUGCCAGCAACGAACAUGAGCGCGACUAGGCUCGGGCGGCGGCCCCGUGGUCCCUGAGGGCCGGCAUCUGGCAGCGGGCGCGUGGCUCCUGCCCCGCCUUCCCUGGCUCGGGAGGCGGCCUUGAGCCGAGGUAGGGGCAGAGCUGUCCUGAGCUGUGGCAGUGGGCAGUCGUGUUUGUCCCCCAGCCCCUCUCCGCCCAAACCCCAGCCCCUGCCCAGCCCCUCCCGGACGCACGCCUUGACCUUGUCCUUGUCCAGGACGCCUCUGCCGAGCGCCCUGGCUAACGAGACACCUGCAUGGCAAGAGCUCGUGUCCUUCCCGCCUGUCCAGCGGGGGCGCCGCGGCCUCUGCUGUCCUCUGUCCCUCGGGCCUGGCCGUGGCUCCUUCUCUCGCUGUUGCUCAAAGCCUGCUCCCUAGCUCCGUUGCUGGGUGGGGGCCUGCCAGGGCUCCGGACCCCACCGAGGCCUGCCGUCCUCGGGCAUCUGUCCCCAGCCCCGCCGGCCAUGCCCGCUCUCCUCCCAGACGAGUGGAAUUCCCGGCCGCUGCUGCCGUGGGGUGUGCGUCUGUGCCCCUGCGGAGCCAGGCAGAGGCCCCUCCUGACCACCAGCCUCGCCUGCCCCCUGCCAGAACACAUGUUCAUCUGUGAUCAUGUAUAGAUUCCAGGAUAUAAGACACGACUGUACAUAAUUGUAAUAAAUAUGAGUU